UGCAUGAAAUUAUGAAAAAAAAGCAGCUGUCGUUCAAAGCGCGUGUUUUUGUAGGCAUGGUGUUAUUUUAAUUGUAAAAACUAUAAGAACGGGCUCAAAACAGUAAAAAUGCCUAAAGUUAAAGCUGAAAAGAAGUCGAGAGUGCACAAUGAAAUUGCGAAGCAAGGUAUACAAUUUAACAAGGAUUUUGGACAGCACAUAUUAAAAAAUCCACUCAUUAUAACUUCAAUGCUAGAUAAAGCGGGAUUAAGGCCUACAGAUGUAGCACUUGAGAUUGGUCCCGGUACUGGUAACAUGACUGUUAAGUUACUUGACAGAGUAAAGAAAGUGGUGGCUUGUGAAAUAGAUACAAGAUUGGUUGCUGAACUUCAGAAGCGUGUCCAAGGCACUCCUUACCAAGCCAAACUCCAAAUCCUUGUGGGCGAUGUCCUCAAAACAGAAUUACCUUUCUUCGACAUCUGUGUAGCCAAUGUGCCGUACCAAAUCAGUUCUCCUCUAGUAUUCAAACUGCUACUGCACAGACCAUUCUUCAGGUGUGCAGUUCUCAUGUUUCAAAAGGAAUUUGCUCAGAGACUAGUAGCUAAACCUGGCGAUAAACUGUACUGCAGGCUCUCUAUAAACACCCAGUUGUUGGCUAGAGUAGAUAUGUUGAUGAAGGUAGGCAAGAACAACUUUAGGCCACCACCAAAAGUGGAGUCCAGUGUAGUGCGAAUAGAACCAAGAAACCCACCCCCACCUAUAAAUUUUGUGGAGUGGGAUGGUUUAACGAGAAUAGCAUUUGUAAGGAAAAAUAAAACAUUGGGAGCCGUUUUUAAACAUGCAACAACUAUGGCUGUUUUGGAGAAGAAUUAUAGGGUGCACUGUUCUCUACAUAACAAGGAAAUUCCUGAAGAUUUUGACAUAAAGGAAAAGGUACAAGAAAUUCUAACAAAAUCAGAAACAGAACAGAUCAGGGCAAGAAUGAUGGACAUAGAUGACUUCAUGAAGUUAUUACAUGCCUUCAAUUCUGAAGGAAUACAUUUUGCAUAACAUAUAUCUUAUUAGAUGAUAAAAAUAAAAUAUAUUAUUUA